GCGAGAAACGUAGGAUCCAUGAUACAGCUCAGUGUAAGAUAGAAAGCCUAUUACGGGUUCAUUCCCUUAAACUUAUUAGCUGCCGACCCACGUGGCCUGCAAGAAUGCGCAGCCUAGCGCCCGGGAACCGGUCCGCUUUCUCUUGCCCGGGUAGAACCCGCGUGGCGAGGCCUCUUCCGCACCGAUUUCCGUGCAGCCGACGCGGACUGAUCACAGCAGCUGCUAAAGGGCCUGUGGUUGUCGUCGAUAACUAUGACAGCUUUACUUACAACCUCUGUCAGUAUCUUGGCGAUCUAGGGUGCGAGUACGUUGUCUACAAGAACGAUGAGAAGACAGUAGAUGAAAUCAAGGCUAUGAACCCCGCUGGCAUCCUUGUGUCGCCCGGGCCAGGACGGCCGGUGGAUUCCGGCAUCUCGCUUGAAGCGGUUCGGGAACUGGGGCCGCUGUUCCCGUUGUUUGGCGUGUGCAUGGGGCACCAGUGCAUUGGCGAGGCGUUCGGAGGUGACGUCGUGCGGGCGCCUUGCGGCGUUAUGCACGGCAAGACUUCCGAGGUCUACCACACCAACGUUGGCAUCCUGGAGGGCCUUCCCAACCCCUUCGAGGCGUGCCGCUACCACAGCCUGGUCAUCAAGCGGGAGACGCUGCCGGCGGACCUGGAGAUCACCGCCUGGACGGAGGACGGCACCAUCAUGGGUGUACGGCACAAGAAGUACCCGCACGUGCAGGGCGUGCAAUUCCACCCGGAGAGCAUCAUUACGCAGAGCGGCAAGAAGAUCGUGGAGAACUUUGUCAAGUCUCUUUGAGGAGGAGGAGAGGAGAGGGGGUGCGGGGUCGAGUAGCUGCUCGUUUGAGGAUGGGGUUGGAUGGGGAAGGCGGGUGGGAGGGAGGAAGGAGGCAGGGAGGAGCAAUGGGUGGAUGGUGGGCAGCGCUGUUUUGCGCUUUAAGAAGCGUGCGAUGAUGAUGGUAGGUGCAUGUAGGGAGGGCGCGGAUAAGGGGAGGAGGGAAGGGCAGGAUUUGCUGCGGGGAAGUAGCACAGGCGAGCGCCUUGCUCUUGGUGUUGUGGGAUGUGGGACGUGAUCUGAUGUGGGUCGGAUGGGGGAGUGGUGAACGUACAGGGCCGGGUUUGAGUUGGAUGGUGGCAGGCGCACUUGGCCGUUUACGGAUGCAGUAGCCGCGGCGUGUAUGAGUUAACCGGUGACUGGUGAUAGAGAUAGACAAGUGCAAGGAAGUGCCCUGUGUAUUGCGCAUGACUUCAGGUGACUAGGUGGGCUUUCGUGUAUGCCGAUGCGAAUGGGCUUCCCAGAAAGAGGAUUUUGCGGUGGUGCUUCGCGGCUAACCGUUCCUCACGUGCGUCGCUUACUCGGUCCAUCCAUGCCUUCAUGCAUGUAUUGUAGCACGAACUAAACUUCAUAUGAAUAUUCCC